ACAGACCGUCAAUUCCACAACAACAGAAUACACUACGUAAAUUUAGAAGUUGAAAACAGUCUUGAAUUAAUAGAUGUAGUAUAUAUUUUGCUGGAAACAUAUUUACAGCUUAUAUCUUUCGCUCAAAAACACCAAAAAAUGCUUGUUUUACGCAAAGAAUCACCAGAGGAAUACUUAGAUGAAAUCAGAAAAGAAAAUGCACAAAAUUCAAAAAACUGUUUCGGAAUUCCAACAUUAUGUUCAGCGAUUCAUAAAUUCCGCUCAGCCUAUUUAGUCGAGGAACUAUUGAAGGACGGUGCUACGGUCAAUGCAUUUACUUGUAUGAAAGGAUUGAGGUUGAAUGGGAUUACAAGAAGCAGGUACAAACAAUGGGGAGACUAUUCUGCCAUCCAUCUAGCUGUUUCGCUGGGACAGCACGAAAUUGUUAGCUUAUUGUUGACCCACGGAGCCGAUCUGACAUCGAAGACAACUAAAGGAAUUUCGUCUCUAGAUUUCGUCCUUGAUCCGGAUAUUCGUUGCGAACCGAACGAAAUACAAAUUACUGAAAAGGAUGACUUAGAAAUUUUAAAAAUAAUGAAAAAUGAAGCCCUGGACUUGACUAGGAAAGACCAUAUUUCACAAUCAACUGUACUGCACAGAGCAGUUACUCGGAGAUGCCUUGAAAUUGUACGAUACCUAAUUUCAGUCGGAGUUGAUGUGAAUUGCAUUGAUCGAACGAGUAGUACACCUUUGCAUCAUUGUACAUGGAAUAAUAUGGAAACCCUAAGGAUUCUUCUCGAAAACAACGCAAAUCCGAACGCUCAAAACGAAUUGGGCAAUACCUUAUAUCAUCAUAUAUUUGGGCAUUACCGACGUAAAGGGAAAGAAAAUCUUCUCCGUUUUCUACAUUUGUUGCACAAGUUUAAUGCAAAUCCAAACGUCCAGAACGAUGGUGGCGAAACAGCUUUACACAAAUGCCUUAAAAACAUUGAAUAUAUGCGUAAUCAGAUUAAAUCGGUAAAUUUUAUGUUACGACAAGGAGCUGAUCCAAACAUUAAGGAUAUUUUUGAAAGAACGCCGAUUUAUCAUCUACUUCUUCUUCGAAAUUCCGACAAGUUAUAUUUGAUACGAUCAUUGUUAACUGCACUUAUUCAGUAUGGGGCAAGGUUAGAUCAUCUUGACAUCACAGGUACUCCAUUGUUUCAUAUCUUAGUAUACGGUAUCUUAUUUCAUUUCAACCAAUUUGAUGCGCAAUUGUGGAAUGAAAUUCUUCAUCCGAAGUACAAAGUUAACCUCAAUGUACAAGAUUAUUGCAAUCGUACAGUACUUCAUUUAGCUGCAGCUGAAGGUGACUGGAAACUCGGCGAGGUCUUUUUGAAGCAUGGAGGAAAUCUGGAUAUACUGGAUUGUGAUGGAAACACACCUCUGGAUGUCGCUGUAUUGUGCAAGCAAUGGGAAUUCGCUAAGAAUGUGCUCCUCUGUCCAUUUGUAGUUGGUCAACGCAGAGAUUUCGGAGGGAAACAGGCUUCGGGACGUAUUGAUGAAGAUACGACUAAGAAUACAACAUCCAACGGCAACUCUGGAUGCGAAAGUCUCCUUUUCAGAAGUUUAGCACUGGCUAACUACAAUGACAACGACAACAACAACAGCAAUAACAACAACAAUAACAACAUCAACAACAACAGCAACAACGACAACGGCAACAACGGCAACAACAACAACAACAGCUACAACAACAACAACAGCAACAACAGCAACAACAACUCGUUGAAUUUCAAUAACCAAACCCAAAGGCACUCUGGUGCGCCUAGGCAACUACAAAAAAGUAAUAGCAUGCCCUCACUUGAAUCAAAGAAGCGAGAUGGAACAAGCGUUAUUCCUUUAGGAUCGAGUGUGAAAUGGACGAAAGCCAAACUUGAUACGGUAGCAAAACGUGUUGCGAUAGAGGGCAAUCAUUUGUAUUUCACAACUGUACCACUUGAUCCGCUGUGCUUUUGGGAAAUUGAUUUAAGUCCUAAACCAAAAAUAUCCAAAAAUUUUUCAACACAGAUAAAUGAGUUUUCUUUGUUGCGUUUGUGUGAGGAGAACAGCCUGGAGUUUCACUUGACGAAGGCGUGUGGAGAAGAGCACUGCUUACUUGCUCAACAAGUGUUCAGUUUGGUGAGCGACUUGCUAACGAAAUGUUCAGAAAUGGACCCAAGGAUGAAGAGCAAAUUCCACUGGACUGGCAGCAGCUCAGAAGGAACAAAGAUGUGGUUACCAGAUGAAUUUGAUUUUGUAAUGGAGUUGGUUGAAUUGCAAGACUGCUGUUAUAUCGAUGAUAAUUUAAGGUAAGGUCAUAUAAAAAAGAUCCAACUGUAGCAUGCUCUUGUACUAUGAAUUUUACCCUCUACAUGACACCUAUCUUGUACAUAUGAAUCACGAUUUAAGAACAGUUACUAUUUUUAGACUUUUAGGGUUAGGAUUAGGGUUUGGAUUAGGGAAAGGGUUAGGAUUAAGAUAGGGUUAGGAUUAUAGUAAGGAUUAUAGUUUAAGUUUAAAAUAUAAAAGAAUACAAAAUUUCAAAAGUCUAAAAAUAGUAACUCUUCCUAAAACGCGACAGGUACAUUAUUGUAUCAUUCCAAGCACAAUUGACCAACUACGAACCGAUUAAAAAUUGCCAGUCAGAACCACAUUUUUCCACUUUUGUGUACAGUUAAGCAGUACAAGUAGUGUGUAUAAAAAAGGCAAUCGAAUUUUAGCAUAUUCCAUGCGUUGCCGUUAGAUAUCGAGUUUGAUAAAAUUUUUACACAGCAACAAAAUAUUUAGACUAACUGUCCAUGCAAUGAUACCUUUCUCGCUACCUUAAAUUCCCUACCAUUACAUUGCAUCUUCUGUGAAAAAAGCUUUGAACAGUUUUUACUUUGGACUUCCUGGCCACAAACUAGUUAUAAUUUAUGUUUGCAGUUUCUAUUUUAUAAAAUGAAAGUGGUGAAUGUAAUGAAUUCAUCUCAAUUCAAUUGAAGGCAUUUUCGAAAACUCAUCUUACACCCGAAAUGUGAAACAGAAUGGUCGACUUUUUGUGACAACGAUUGUGUAAUCUCGCCAAGAAAAUUGAAAAAUUAUGUAUCGAGUUUGUUAAAGAAAGUUUCUUUGGACUUGAAUAAAGAAAAAUAUCCAAACAUCCAUGUCAAUUUGUGCCGAUACAAUAGAAAAUUAAACUAUUUUCUGAGAGACACCAAAGUCGGCGUUAACCUUACAGUGUGUUGGAACGGAGAUAUAUAUAAAAAUCUAACGGUCAGUAUCGAUUUAACACCCGCGAUUCCAGUUGUUAUCUCCGAGCGGCAAAUGAGGGAUGUUAAUGAACAUGCUUGGAAGGAACUGGCAGACAGAAGUUUCCACGUUGUUCCAUAUUUAAAGCGUGGCGAAAAUGAAGAAUGGAGAGCAUCGUUUUCACUUGCAGAGGUUCGGAUCGUUAGGAACUUAACAAAGAAGCAAAUUUCACUUUACAAAUGUCUCAAAUUUCUACGCGAUCUCCAUGGGAAUGUUUUGGCACACAUUCCCUCGUAUCAUUUGAAAACGUUUCUUCUUACGACUUUAUACCAGAAUCCGGAUGAACAAAACGUAGAGUUGAUAGAGCGUGAAAAUUUCUAUUUCAGUGCAUGUUGGAUUAUUCUUCUUUUGAAACAAAUUGCAGAAUACCCGUUCAACAAAAGGAGCAUAGAACAUUUCUUUCUUAAGUUUCAUCUGAGUCUUGUAGAUUACGACAUGCGAUGGUGCGCAUCUAUUUUGGAACAUCUCAAAUCCAGCUGA